AUGGUGAGGAGAUGCGACAAGAGCUUCAGGUGUGUGUGGUGGCUGAGUGCUUUGGUUCUUACUCUGGUUCAUGGAAACAACUUGAGCCAACAGGUCCAGGAGAGGCCACCCUGCCAGCCAGGAACCUAUGGACCAGCAGCUGAUGCUGUGUCCAUAGAAAGCUGUCUUAAGUGUCCUCCUCAACACUACUCUCACAGACCAGGCCUGUCUGCCUGUCUGCCCUGUAGCCCUGUGGCUCAGCAGCCUCUGUCUGGUCAGGACACUUGCAUCUGCAUGGGAGAAGGACAGACUUUCCAGACCAGUGACGGGCUUUGCCACUGCACCAUCGGCUACCAACCUGCUAACAACGAAGAUGUGUGUGCACAGAAACAGUACGACGUCUGCAGCGAUGGAAAAACUCGUUCACAGUAUGGAAACUGUAUGGACAGAUAUCAGUGGUCUCUUCACUGCAUGCAGCAGGUGUGUCAAUCUGCAGAAGACUACAGGGGUUAUGAUGGAGAGCUGGGUCUGUGUGUUUGCAAAGAGCCUCCUGGAAGAGCUCUGUGUGGAGGCCUUUGUAGGAGAAGGCCAGCUACUGAACUGGAGUUGCUAUGCCGGACAAAUGGAGAAAUGGAGCUGGUGUGGAGUUAUGGCCACCAGGUGAUGGGUGUUUCAGGCAAGCUGCAGGAGACGUUUCUUAAACGCUCAGACUCUGAUGGAACUCUGUGCAACAGCCAUAUAAGCUCCUCACAUGCUGUCUACAUUGUUCAGACAACAGAGGCGGGUUUUCUCGGCCUCCUCAGCGGCCUCCCAAAGGAACUUCAGCGACUGUUUACUGUUACCACAGAGAGGAAUGCGGAGCUGAACACUCAGAGCUCAGCUGAAAGAGAUUUUGAUAUCCUCUGGGAAGUCACUAAAGUUGAAAAUAUCAGUCAUGAAGGAAGAGAAAACGAUGGAAACAAGAGUGAUGUCAAAGAAGAAAUAAGAGAACUGAGUGUAACCGGAGUUUUGAACCCCACAACGUGUCUCCAGUUGGGCGAUGUUAUCCUGUUUACUGUUGACACACAUCACUAUCCUCAGUAUGAUCUUGACAAUUUAUACAACACAAACAGAGAUUUUGACUGGGGGGCAGUCAGACGGCUGAAAGAAGAGCUGACUCUGUCCUGGACUCCUCCAAACUUCUUUGCGUUGGUCUUCAGCCAGGCUGGAGUAUACGUUUUUACACUGAGCAGCCAACACCACAAACACAUGUAUGUGCGGGUGAUGCCAGCAGGCGGUCAGUGUUAUGAGACCGGCCCCUUUUUCCCCACCAUCCCUCGUCAUGUGACCAGGCUGGGAAUCAGUAGGAGACGCAACCUGUUACUAAGGCCUGAUUGGCUGGUGACCGGAGGACUGCUAUUUGGAGCUGUUGUCAUCCUCUGUUUAUGUGUGACACUGCUGAUCCUGUUUCGUGAAUAUGGAUGGCCUGAGAAGAAGCCAAUCAAAGCGCGGUACCGCUUGUUGCAGCUGUCCUACAACAUGGACGACUACUCAUCAAAAGGCUCAAGGGUGAUCUCACUUAGGAAGAUUCACAGAAAUCAUCAAGCUAGAAUGACACAGGACUCCAUUCAACCAGGAUCUUUAGAGGAGUUCUGGGAUUACGAGCACCAGGUGGAUCUGGAGGCUUUCAGCAGCAACACCUUCUACAGCCUCCUGCUCAAACAGAGUCUGUCUGUCACCACACGGCUGGGACAGCUCACAUCUGAGGUGAAGGAGCUAUAUCAGGGAGUGCUUGGGAAACUGCAGGUACUCCACCCACGCUCGAUCACCGAGGAGAGGAUCGGGGAGGGCUAUGAGAGGAUGAGGAGGGAGGUGGAGAGGGAGGUGUUGCGGAGGAAGACUCUUGCCUCACAGCUGAGGACUCUGCUCCACAGUCAGCUGCAGGUUCUGGGGCGAGAGCAGCAGGCCCAGCAGAGGGUCUACAGUUUGCUCACAGCUCAGCUCAGAGAGGGCACCAGAAUACUGUCCAAGGUUUAUAGCAACAACCACCAGCUAAAUUUGUUUCAGAGGCUGACCUCCCUGGUGGAGGAGAUGGGAGAGCUGGUGUCAGCAGAGUGCCAACGUCAGGGGGCCUGGGGGUUUCUGGGUGAGGGUACAGGGGCCAAGCUGCUCUGCCCUGACACUGGAACUGUGCUGACCAAGGACCACAUCUUUGGUCCUGAUGGGUCUCUGCGUGUCUGUCGAGCGGUUCAUUGUGAUUCAGUCACAGGCCUCAUAAGGCCAAAUGCUCACAGUCAUAUGCUGCUAAGCGGCGGCCACACCAUGGCGGUGCCACCAGAUUUCUUCCUCCACCCACAGACAGGCAGGGUUAUGCCCAUAGCUGGCAAUGUGGCCUACGAUCCUGCAAGCUCAACUUUAGUCUUCACAACUGACUCAUGUUCAGAAGAUAACAGGAAGUGGGAUAGUCCCCUCCUUCCUUUCAUCCCUUACCCGACCUCCUGCCACUCAGACCGGCCUCUGCCCAGUGCUCGGCUCAGAGGCCUCCGGCCGGGCCAGAGACUGCAGUUGGGAUGUCCCAUGGCAGACCCAGACACAGGGGUCCCAGUGCCCAUUCUGGCUGUAACCAUCCACCCCCAGACAGGACUAGUCUACCCACUGGGAGGGUUGCAUGUCUGUCCCCUCACCCGCCUGCCGCAGCCCAUACAGAUGGGCUGUCCCAUGCUGGACUCCAGGACGGGGGAUGUGGUGCUCACUGUCGGGGUCAGUCUAGAUCCAGUUGCAGGAGCCGUGCUGCCAGUAGGUGGUAUUCUGCUGGCCGAGCCCUUCAUCGAACCUCUGAGCGGGCGGAUGGGGAGAGUGGGAGGGGCCAACAUACGGGCUGGGCAACUGCUGCCUAACGGAGGAGGGUACCAGGCCCUUCUAGACGGCAAGGUUCUGGCAGUGAUUUUCAAAGUAUUGGAGAUCCUGAAACCACUGACUGAGGAGUGGGGAUCAGACCAGACAUUGCAGCGGGUUCAGAGCGGCGAGAGAGGGAGCAGUCCACACGAACAUCUUCUCGCUGCAGCCAGUGAGCUUCAGCAGGCCUGGGGGAGGAGCCUGUACUCUCAGCUGCAGCUGCAGACCAGACUGUGUUUCAUGCUGGAUUGGACCGCAGGUCUCCAGCAGGAUGGAGGGAGUCUUGGAGAGAUGCCUCUUUUCGGUUCAGACAUGUCUGUACCAGCUUUGUUGGGGAUGGAGUACCCUGACCCAAUGGGAUCUGGUCUUAGUGUGCCUGUGCUGGGGUGUCAGACUGACCUUGUCUCUGGGAAUAUAACAGCGUUGGCAGGAACCAUGGAGGACCCAGAUGGAAAAGGACUAGUGGCCAUCCGUUAUGGAUCUCAGACUGUUGACCCAGUGACAGGCGUGUUGGCCCCCGUGGUUGGUGUCAGACUGGACGUGUCCAGAAAAAACGUUGUACCUGUCACAGCUUCCUAUUGGCUAACUGUGGCAGAUCAAACUGACUGUGUGCAGGUAGAGGCGCUGCAGAGAGAGGUGUGUGUGCGAAACACUUACUGGCAGCAGCAAAGGCAGCGAGAGGAAGAUAUUUUCUCUGAUCUGGACUCGGCUCUAUUCCAGUGUCUCUUUAGAGCCAUAGAAGAAGACUCUUAUCAGGUUCAGUGGUCAGGGAGGCAGCUCAACGAAGCAGCCUUGGAACUGCAGGAAUCGGCGCAGAACGAGGCGCAAAGGAGAGCGGCUCAGCACACCCAGUUGGCUCUGAUCUUGUCUCCGCAUGUAUUAGACAUCCUCACACUGGGGGAUGAGCAGGAGUGGGAUCGGCAGUGCGUUUGGCACUCGGAGCUUGUGUCAGGCCUUGAUAAGCUUGAUGUGUGUAUGGAGCAGCUACAACAAGACAAAGAAAAAUGGACAACCCAUGGAGGAGACUGGAAUACACCCGUCCACGUUAUGGACAGAGAGCUGAGGCAGACAGAGUUGUGGGAGCAGUGUUGUUCCAGACAGACAGAGUUGGAGGUUGCUCUUAAUGCUCUGCACUUUGUCAGGCACCUUUCUCAGCUCCGUGCCGACACUGCGCAGGCAGUAUUAUGUGGGAACUUUUGCUACAAGGAAUACGGUCUGGUCCAGUGCAUUGGACGCACACCGACUGUGGAGGUCAGGGGUUUGCUUCAGCAGAUGGCUUUGCCUCUGCUGGAGAAACUGAACCAGCUCCUGGAAGAUAAACAGCCUGCCUGCUUCUCCCCCAACACCUGCAAUCAGCACAUAUCAGGUUUUCCAACAAAGAUGGCAUAUGGGUUGGACUUAGCGUCUAGAGUCUGGACAGCCUCUGUGCCUGUGGUGAAAGGAAUCUCCACCCAGUCUUUGAGGGAGCCUCUCCAUUUAGCUCAAUCCCAGGAUACUGUUCUGCAGGCCAGCUCAACACCAGCACACAUCUCACAAAGACACACCGCAUCUUCUGGCAUUCUCUCCCAGGAGAGCCAGCCAAUGAAAGAGUCCAGUCAGCCUUCAAGAAGUAUCACUGUCCCCACUAUUCCAGAAAAGGAGUGGACCAAGCUGCUGGAGCUCUCUCCUCUGUUCCAGCUGUUGAAGGGGAUGGAUCUUCAGCUGAAGGGCUGGGCCUGUGGGGCUGGGCUUCUUAGAGGAGAGCUCUCAGAGUCAGACAGAGGCAAGAGUUUCGUAGACGUCCUGGAUGCACAGUGGGAAUGUGAGGGAGAGCUGAUCCCUCUGGACCUUUCAGCCCUUAACCCCAGAGAGUUCCUGGUCUACCAACACGGACUAUUCCUGAUAGACACAUUGAAUAAUCUAAAACUGGCUCCAGUCAUUUCACUUCAGAUAGCAGCUAGUCUUCCAAACAACAACUACUUCAGCAACGCCUUCAGAAAUUCCUUCUUUUACCAGGAGGCCGAGCAGACGCUGUUUAUCCGCCGCCAGAGGCUACAGUCGGUCGGUGGAUUCUCUCUGCUGCUGCUCCACUGUCUGUCCCACAUCAAGAUUAAAGACAUGAGCUCUGACUCUAGUCCUGCCUUCCAGAGACUUUUCUUCAAGAUACUGCAGGCAUGUCUGGGGGAGUUGUUUCAGGCCAUACUGGGCUUGCCUUCCACUGGACAGGAAGCCAAUUUGAGUUUGUUUAUUCAGGACCAAGAGGCCCCUUCAGGAGUCUUAAAGUGAACACUUUCAGAUGUUUAUGCUGCCUCCUUGCUUUACAGGUCUCCCAAACCAAGCAGAGGAUUGCUUUCUGAAAAUGAAGUGGAGGAUCUUCAGAGGAAGCACAGAUAAGCGUCACUGCUCUCCCAUCUUGAAGGACUUUUAAGGGACAAGAGCUCUGAAGUGUAAGGGAAAUUCUUCUAUGAAAGAAGACAAAGACAUCUCACAAAACAUCUAUUCUUUAUUUUAAGCACUUCAGAGAUGAAGGCUGAGGAAAAUGCAGUUUUUACACAAAGAGAAGAUGACCUAAGGAUUGGCAGAUGUUUUACAGACAAACAUUUAUCUCCAAGAAGACAGAAUAAACAUCCUUGCAUUACAAGAACUUCCUUCCUUCCACGGAGAAAAAAGCAUGCCACUGUGUGCUCAAUGUUUUAAGAACUCUUUUUGCAAGCAUUCUCCUUGAUUAAAAAUAUUGUUUAAACACAUAUAUGUUACACAUCAUGAAGUCACUUUACCAAAAUGUAUGACCUGACAUCUACUUAUUGAUCAUUGCGACAAUAAGUAACAAGGCACAGUUUACUCUAUAAAGUGUUACAAUCAGAAUGCAAGGUAAUAUUUGUCCCACAAAGGCCACAGAGAAAAAAAAAUUGGUUAAACAUAACUCAGGACGUGUAUGCUUCCAUACAAUUGUGGAAUGUUAAUAUGAAAGUUUAAAAAUACACCAGUUAUAGAAAUAAACUUUACUAUGUACUAUUAUUUUCAAUCAUAAAUAAAAACUGUUUCUUUUUUAAAGGUUUUCAGAUUUCACUGAUUUGAUUGAAGACUUUAAUUCUAACCUGACCCUUAAAUUGAUACUAAACAAAAUUGACAACAAAACAGUGCUCUCCUUGAUGUUUUAUUUUUAUUUUACGCGUGGCAUUUCUGUAUGGGCUCUUGAUCAGAAGAUAUAAAAAUACAAACACAUGUAGAAUCUGUGUUUUUACACAUACACACACACACACACACGCGCA